AUGUGUGACGUGAGUCAAACAGGCAAAAUGGAGCGAGGAAUGAAGGUUCUGCUUUGGGUUCUUUGGUCCAGUAGCAUGUUUGCUCUCACAGGAGGUUCUGAGGCAGAGCGAAGGCUGUUGCAGACUCUAUUUAAGGAUUAUAACCUGAAGGUGCGUCCUGCUCGGGCCUGGAAUGAGACAGUAAUGGUCAGAGUUGGGAUGACGCUAGUGCAGCUCAUUAGUCUGGACGAGAAGAAUGGAGAGAUGACAACCAAUGUGUAUAUGAACCUGGCGUGGUCUGACUACAGGUUGUCCUGGAAUCCAAAGGAAUACGAUAAUAUUGAUGUUAUCCGAAUCCCCCCUGCCAAAGUAUGGCGCCCAGACAUUUACCUGAUCAACAAUAAUGAUGGGCAGUUUGAUGUUGCUCUUUAUGUGAAUGUGCUGGUUAAUAGUAAUGGCAUGGUUUCCUGGCUGCCUCCAGCUAUAUACCGCAGCUCCUGCUCCAUUGAGGUGGCCUAUUUCCCAUUUGACUGGCAGAAUUGCACGAUGGUGUUUCGUUCAUACACGUAUGACGCCUCAGAGGUGGACCUACAGUACAGCUUGGAUGAGGAUGGAAAAGAGAUUCAUGAAAUAGUCAUAGAUGAAAAUGCUUUUACUGAGAAUGGAGAAUGGCAGAUCUGCCACAAACCCAGCAGGAAGAACAUCCAGGAGGACCUCUAUGAAGACAUCACGUUCUAUCUGAUCAUCGAGAGGAAACCACUUUUCUACAUCAUCAACAUCAUCGUACCCUGCAUCCUUACUAGUGUGUUGGCUAUAUUUGUGUUCUAUCUGCCACCAGGGGCAGGAGAGAAAAUGACUCUGUCCAUCUCUGUCCUUAUUGCCCUCACUGUCUUCAUGCUCCUGCUGGCUGAUAAAGUCCCUGAGACAUCUCUGGGAAUCCCAAUUAUUGUGAAUUAUGUGAUGUUUACAAUGAUCCUCGUGACCUUCUCGGUUGUACUCAGUGUUGUGGUGCUAAACCUUCACCACAGGACCCCCAGUACACAUUAUAUGCCCAUCUGGGUGCGCAAGGUGUUCAUCAAUUUCCUGCCUCCCUACCUGGGUGUGCUCAGACCCCGCCCAGAAGAAUCUGUACAGAUGGAGGAGCCUAAAGAGGACCCUCCCAUUGCACGUUUUGACCACAACCUCAGGCCUGGAGGAGAAUAUUUCAUUCGAAAAAUUAAUCCUGAACUGAUUGCACCAUGGAGGGGAAGUCACCCUGAUAACACAGUGCAGCUACAGAGGCUUUUUGACAGUGACAGCUACUGUCUGAUCCUGCCUCCUGAUCUAAAAUCUGCCAUCGCUGCCAUCACAUACAUGGCUGAGCAACUGAAAAAACAAGAUAUGGAUGAUACUAUGACUGAUGACUGGCAGUAUAUUGCCAUGGUUGUGGACCGCCUCUUCCUCUGGCUUUUCAUCCUCACCACCACCGUGGGCACCCUCGCCAUGUUUCUGGAUGCCAGCUUCAAUCACACACCUGAGGACCCUUUCCCAUGA